CCUGCACCAGGUAUUAAACUGGCUCCCCGACGGAUCCUGCAGCCCGCUGACACCCGUUAGAAAGACCUCCACAGAGCAGAAGAAGCGCCCAACACCGCGCCAAACACCGUCCACAGGAAUUCUUCUUUUUCUUUCUGUCCCUCACAAGUUUAAACAGGUGCACCUCAAGCAGGCUGAGGCUGAACGUUCAAUACUCCUUUGGGAUUUAAAAGGUCUCUAUACUCAACAUAACAGCAGACAGAAGGCGGUGGCAGGGGGAGGAGGAGAAGGAGCUGGGUGACAGAGAGAGAGCCAUGCUGUCUCUGAGCUGUGCCGAAGGCUCUGUGGGGCUGGAGGAAGAGGUGGUGACCGCCGCUGCCCAGGCUGAGGAGCGGGACAGCGUCCACAACAGCAGCAGCAUCAGCAGCUGCAGCUCCGACAACCUGGACGACAGCCUGACCAGCCUCCAGUGGCUGCAGGAGUUCUCCAUCCUCGGUGCCAACGUGCCGCAGCAGGCCCACCACCAGCCGCACCUGUUCGGCCACCAGCCGCUCGGCUCCGAUGGCCCGGCCUCCCCUCUGGCCGGGGACCCCGCCUCCAUCGGCAUGCCCCUGACCCCGGGGAAGCCCACGGCGGCGGCCUACAGCAGACUGCAGUCACUCCCCGGCAUCGUGGCUCACGGCCACUGCCCCGACGAGGUGGACUACAAGACCAACGCGCACAUCAAGCCGCCGUACUCGUACGCGACGCUCAUCUGCAUGGCCAUGCAGGCCAGCAAGAAGGCCAAGAUCACUCUGUCCUGCAUCUACAAGUGGAUCACCGACAACUUCUGCUACUACCGACACGCUGACCCCACCUGGCAGAACUCCAUUCGACACAACCUGUCGCUCAACAAGUGCUUCAUCAAGGUGCCGCGGCAGAAGGACGAGCCAGGGAAGGGCGGUUUUUGGAAGAUUGACCCGCAGUAUGCUGAGCGUCUCCUGAGCGGCGCCUAUAAGAAGAAGCGGAUGCCACCGGUCCAGAUCAACCCGGCCCUGCAGAACAGGCUCAGGGUCAACCUGCAGCCUCAGUCCAGAGGCCCCUGCAGCCCAACAGGAAUUAAGGAUGGCCUGUGCAUCAACCCUGAAUCCCAGCGGCUUCUCUGGGAGUUCGAAGAGGCUACUGGCGCCGACCAGAACUGGGAUCCUCAUCUGGCUGAAGGAACCAUGCUGGGCUCCUGGCCGGUGCUGCGGGGAAGAGGUGGGCACAAGAGGAAACUGGGUUCGAGGAAUGGUGGGGCCAAAGCCCCCCGGCGCUCCAGCUCCCCACUGCUCUCCGCGGACGAACAGAAGGAGAUCGGACCUCUGAAGGGGGACUUUGACUGGGACGCCCUGCUGGACUCGGCCCUCAGCGGGGAACUCAGUUUGGUGGGAGGCGAAGCUCUGAGCCCCAUCAUGAAAGACGAGGACCUGACAGUGCGGGGGACCCACAUCUCUCCUGUCGAAGCCCCCGCAGGGACAGCGGACAUCCACGUGUUGGUGGAGACCCGAAGGAAUAAUGACGUGUCAGACUUUGAUGAGGAGACCUUCCUCGCCACCGCAUUCCUGGAGAGCCCCUGGCCAGAAGAGGAGGAACAGGGUCGCAAUGAUUUCCUCUGUAGCUCCACCGUCAACCUGGACCAGCUGUUUGACCUCGGAGACUCAUUAGGGGGAGACCCGAGCACCCGAAUUGACAACCUCCUUUGAGGAAUAGUUGGUCCUCUUUCACACUGAAAACUCACUUAGGAAUAACAGACUUUGUUUUUUUACACUCGAGCAUCCCUUUUUGUGUUUUUUGACAUGUUUAAAGUAUUUUUAGAGUUACAUUUUGAUGCUGAUUCAUGCAGGAAGUGCAUUCCCAAUGCCUACUGAGAACAAAAUGCCACAAUGUACAGCAGCAGUUCACAUCAUCACGGGAAAAACAGAACUAUCAAACUAUGAAAUGACUGGAGACAAACAAAAACUAAUUUUCAGAAUUAGGGCUUGGUCACACCUGAGAGGGCACAGAAAAGUGAAACAGUCUUCACAAAAUAUUUGGUUAUAGAAGCUUGGUGACAUAGUGACUGUCAGUUAGCAACAUAGAUGUAUCAAGACAGCAUGAGCAUGUGCACUGGGCCACACCUUUUGGGCUGUUCUCUGCAAUCAGUUGUUAUUGGAUUAAAUGGACACCAUCUUUGACUCUGGUAUCCAGUUUGUAUAAUACAUCCACAGUUAGCAAGCCUAUAGCAAACCAGUUUAUACUCUGACAGAUGAGCUUCAGUAAAACUGGCUGGUAACACACAGCUAAUAAGCUACGAUAGCUUCCUCCAUUUUGGCAAAGUCAACUCCGUCAGGAUGUCCUGCUGUUGGUCAAUGAUACAAAUUGAAAUAUGUUAUUACAUAUAUAUUUGCAUUGAUUCAUGUCACCAAAGCGAGAGAUUCCUUUCGAAUUUUCUUUUAAAUGCGGGUGUUAACAGGCCUUCAGAAUGACACAUCAUGGUCUUUGUUUACAUCAUAAAAAGUGUGUCCAUUUUGUUUAUUGUACAUCAGGCCUAAAUACAUUCAGAAGACAACUGAUCCACACUUUUUAAAUAGGAAGUAAUAACCCAGUGGUGUCAGCAGGUGUAAGGCCAAGGCUGUGAUUAGUCUUGUUUCCAUUCAAUCAUCCAGGAAAUUUUAAGGGGAUUUCAAAUGUUGCAAAAUAGAAAUGUGAAGGUAGAUAAUCCACCAGCAAACAGAGUAGAACAAGUGGAGGUGGCUAACCAGAAACAAAAAGAGUCACCUUGGCUAUCUAGCAUCUACGAGAGAAAAAUUGAGAGGUUUUCAGAAAUUGGUUUUCAUUUUUCUGUUUCAUGCUGUCCGGAGACGUAGACACAUUACGGGAAUAUUCAGGAAGAAGCUGACAGUGGAAACAGCUGAUCAGUCCUGUGAGUUAAAUGUUCGCUACGUCAGAACUUAUUCGGCAAAGGCGUUUCAAUGUCCCAUGUAGAGCAUCAAUGGUUUUUCCACAAAGGCAAAACCAUCUCAAGAGUGAAGAAGAACAUUUUUUUUCCUAUACAGCUUUUCUAAUGCAAUGCUUAAAAUACAUGUAUGGAAACACAACUACUGACAGAGAAGUUGCUGAGAAUUGUUUUUAAUAUGUAAAUACUGUGACAGCAGCACUAUGAUGAUGAAUAUUGACAUAUUUGCCAAAUGAUGUUUAAUGUAGGAGUGAUUUACUCUAUUAGGUUGUUUUUUUUUUUGCAUGGGGUUUUGGUACUAACUAUUCUCUGUAUGCAUUUUUCAAAAAUAAUUAGUGACAGUUUAACUAGAUUAAUAAUUAUUAGGCAGGAUAAGUUGCUUUUUUUCAAGGGAGAGUGAACAGAGAUGUUUUAUUUCAUAUCAGACUGAAAUAUUCCUUGUAGAAGUAGUAUUUAGUAACCACUUUCGUUGAUACUUAGCAGUGUAAAAUUUUAAACAGCUUGAGGCAAAAUUCUCCAACCAAGAACUAUUAAGACCUUAAAAAGCUCACUAUGAAAAAGGCCACAGUGCCUGUAAAUGAAUACCUGACCUUCUAUGUGCCAAGAAAAACACUUGGGACUCGACAGGGUGGCAGUGUUUUUUAUUACCAAGAGGAAAUGUCUUUUUUUUUAAAACAAAAGAUCUGAUGCAGCUUGGAUAUGUGUUGUUGGUUAACUAAAUCCAAAUCACUGCAAAUACUUAUUGCUCCUGUUUUCCUUUAAAAUGUGUGAAAGUGCAAUCAAUGUACAGCGAUACUUGUUAUAUUUUACUUGCAGUUGUAGGCGUCUCUUUAUGCAGUUUACUUUAGAGACACCAGUUUCACUAGUUUGUGUAUUAUGAGGUGUGAAUACACUCUGACGGGAGAAAGGACUCUUUCCCAUGAAAUGUUUGUGUGUCAGAUCAUCAAAUACACUUUGAAAGCAUAACAAUGGCGUUUUACCUCAUGAUUGUUCUGUCAACACUGUAUGCAUUCUUUUGCUUUCCUGUUUUUCUUUUCCACUUUUCUUUGACAAUAAAAGAAAACUGCAUCUGCA